AUGAAAGACGACCAGAAAAAAGGUUAUAUUUUUGAAGUAGAUUUGAAAUACCCUGAAGAGCUUCAUGAUCUCCAUUCGGAUUAUCCAUUGGCUCCCGAAAAUGUAUUUGAUAAUAAAGAAUUACCAAAAUUAACAACAACUCUAUAUGAAAAGAAAAAAAAUUUUCUACAUUAUAGUAAUCUUAGGCUGUAUUUAAGUUUAGGUUUAAAAUUAGAGAAAAUACACAAAGUAAUAGAAUUUGAACAUAAAGAUUGGUUAAGACCAUAUAUAGAAUUUAACACUAAUCUUCGCGCAAAAACAGACAAUGAAUUUGAAAAAGAUUAUUACAAGUUAAUGAACAACAGUGUAUUUGGUAGGACUAUGAUGAACACAAGAAACCAUAAAAAUAUAAAAUUAAUUAAUGAUGAUAAAAAAUUAGAAAAUCAAACUGAUAAACCAAAUUUUGAUCGAGCGACUAUUUUUAUAGAAAACUUAGUAGCUGUAAAUAUGAAAAAAACUAUAGUUAAAUUAAACUACCAAUUUAUUUAGGAAUGUCUAUUUUAGAUUUGUCUAAAACUCGAAUGUAUGAUUUUUAUUAUAAUGUAUUAAAAAAGACAUAUGGAAAAACAAUUAGACUAUCAUACACAUAUACAGAUUCUUUAAUAGUAGAAAUUACAACUGAUGAUUUUUAUACAGAUGUAAAAAACAAUAAACGACUUUUAAGUGAAUUUGAUUUUUCAGAUUAUCCAGAGAAUAAUAAAUAUGGAAUACCGCGAAUAAAUAAAAAAGUUCCAGGUAAAUUUAAAGAUGAAUUUAAUGGUCAAAUAAUGACAGAGUUUGUUGGGUUAAGAUCAAAAUUAUAUACAUAUAAAAUAUUUGAAAAUAAAAAUGAAAUUAAAAAAGCAAAAG